AUGCCGCUAAUCCAACUAGAACCACAUCUAUUCACCAGCCUCCCCCGUCACCCAGAUCUUCCAGGGGACGCCAACACCCCAGAUCUGCGGGCGUUCAUUCAAGCGGUCCUGCUUGAAGCUCAGCCUCUUUUAAACCAGUUCCCGUCAACAUUGAAACCAGACUGCAAGCUACGCUCAUCUCCACCAUCAAGAGCAAAAGUCAAGCUUUCACGGGGAUGGCGAACACUACAAUCCCCCCAGGGCUCAGACUCUAAAAUGGAAUUCUGGGUAUGUCGCCAAAGCGACCAUCUAGACUCUAAUCGUCUGCCUGGCACAGUCUCCUUGUGGGAAUUCCACGACGGCUUGCGAUACAACCAUGCCGAGCACGAGAUGGAGUACACACCCAGCGUAACAAGUGUAAAGCAACUUCUGAAGUGGAAUGAGCCUCGACAGUGGGAUUCAAACGAGCCAAUCACUGCUGGAAACAUGAACUACAAGCAUUUCGAGGUCGAACUCAAUCUCAUUGUCCACACCUUCCAUCCAAGGGCACUGAUCCGGCCUCGGGCCUUCAUAUCCUGGACCAUGUCGGCGACCUUCGCUAGCUCUUAUCAGGCAACCCGGGCAGACUACGGCUUUAUUACGGUACAGAUUCCUUUCUAUCUGACUAAACCGAUCAUCCCGGGAUCACAGUACGAGGGAAUUUACGCUCAGAUCAUGGACGCCGUGCCGCAGCGGGUUGUCUUCGCGUACUAUGCCAGUCUCGAGCAGAUUGAGCUUCUGCCGCCCCCUCCUACCCCGGCCUCUUCGGGUCUGUCGUCUACGGGAGAUUUGAGUACCACUGCUACAAUCCCUGAGCGUUAUCUUCGGUGGACUAUGGCGACGACUUCUGAGGCUGGGGGAAGAUUCCUAGGUGUAUUCAGCGGAGCUGGAUGCUUGGUGGAGUGCCGCGGGCUGUUGUUGGUGAUGUGGGAUUGUUUAUUCAGUGGGUCGUGA